AUGAGCCAAGCCCGGGAUUUACAGGGAGGAAAGGCCUUUGGGCUGCUGAGGGCCCAGCAGGAAGAGAAACUGGAUGAAAUCAAUAAGCAAUUCCUGGAUGACCCCAAAUACAGCAGUGACGAGGAUCUGCUCCCCAAACUGGAAGCCUUCAAGAAGAAAUACAUGGAGUUUGACCAGAAUGGAAACGGAGAUAUUGAUAUCAUGUCUCUGAAGCGAAUGUUGGAGAAACUUGGGGUACCCAAGACCCACCUGGAGCUAAAGAAGUUAAUCAGGGAGGUUUCCGGCAGCUCCGCGGAGACUUUCAACUACUCCGACUUUCUCAGGAUGAUGUUGGGCAAGAGAUCUGCCAUCCUGAAAAUGAUCCUAAUGUAUGAGGAGAAAGCAAAGGAGCAGGAGAAGCCAACACGUCCCCCAGCCAAGAAAACUGUCUCUGAGCUGCCCUGA